UUCUAUUCUUCUUUUAAACAAUUGCAAUUAAUAAAGAAAAAAAAUGGCAGAGGUUCUGCGCUCUGUCUCUCUCUUUCGCUCUUUCUCUCUCCACUGUGUUCUUCUUUUACUUAUUUUAUUUUAUGCAUUGGCUGGCCUGGCUUAGAGCGCUAAAGCUUUCUCCUUUCUCUCGGAAAAUGAGCAGCGUGGGAGGUGAGAAGAGCCAGUUAGGGUUAGGAUUGAUGCUUGAUUUUCUUUUGUUGCUUUGGUCUUCUUCCUCAUCUUCUCCUCUGCUCUGAUGUGGGAGGGCUUAGAGGGCUGGCUGAGUGGAAAGAGGGUUUCUUGAGCUUUCUAAUUUGUGGUCUGCUCUCAUCUGCUGGGUAAAGAUUAGGGCUUUGGAUAAGAUGGCUACGGCGGGGAAAGAUGGGAAAUCUCAGCUGCAUGAGCUGCAGCAAAUUGAUGCGGGGAAGUACGUGAGGUACACGCCGGAGCAGGUGGAGGCGCUUGAGAGGGUUUAUAUGGAGUGUCCGAAGCCGAGUUCAUUAAGGAGGCAGCAACUCAUCAGGGAGUGCCCUAUACUCGCCAAUAUCGAGCCCAAGCAGAUCAAGGUCUGGUUCCAGAAUCGCAGGUGCCGUGAAAAGCAGAGAAAAGAAGCUUCUCGUCUUCAGACGGUUAAUAGAAAGCUAACUGCUUUGAACAAGCUCUUAAUGGAGGAGAAUGAUCGCUUGCAGAAGCAGGUGUCCCACUUAGUUUAUGAGAAUGGAUACAUGCGGCAACAGCUUCAUGUUGCAUCUGCAGCAACUACAGACAAUAGCUGCGAGUCUGUAGUUACAAGUGGUCAGCACCAACAGCAGCACAACGCCAAAUUGCAGCAUUUUCAAAGGGAUGCUAACAACCCAGCAGGUCUACUCGCUAUAGCUGAGGAGACUUUGUCAGAGUUCCUCUCAAAGGCAACUGGAACUUCUGUCGAAUGGGUUCAAAUGGUUGGAAUGAAGCCUGGUCCGGAUUCUAUUGGAAUCAUCGCUGUUUCACACAAUUGCAGUGGAGUGGCAGCACGAGCUUGCGGUCUUGUGAGCUUAGAGCCCACAAAGGUUGCAGAGAUUCUUAAAGCUCGUUCAUCUUGGUAUCGUGAUUGCCGGUGCCUAAAUGUUGCGACACUAAUCCCUGCUGGAAAUGGAGGGAAUAUUGAGCUGAUAUAUAUGCAGACCUAUGCACCUACAACCCUAGCAGCAGCUCGGGACUUUUGGACCCUCCGAUACACCACGGGUCUUGAAGAUGGGAGUCUUGUGAUCUGUGAGAGGUCAUUGACUUCUUCAACAGGCGGCCCUCCUGGACCGCCUGCUCCAAACUUUGUUAGAGCAGAAAUGCUUUCUAGCGGGUAUCUUAUUAGACCAUGUGAAGGUGGUGGCUCAAUGAUUCAUAUUGUUGAUCAUGUUGAUUUGGAUGCAAAGAGUGUGCCUGAGGUUCUAAGGCCUCUGUAUGAAUCACCAAAGAUAGUGGCACAUAAGAUGACCAUUGCUGCAUUGCGGCAUUUGAGGCAGAUUGCACAUGAGACAAGUGGAGAAGUUGUUUAUAGUGGUGGUCGUCAACCUGCUGUAUUAAGGACUUUUAGUCAGAGGUUAAGCAGAGGUUUUAAUGAUGCUAUAAAUGGAUUCUUGGAUGAUGGGUGGUCCUUGAUGAGUGGUGAUGGUGGGGAUGAUGUGACCAUAACUGUUAAUUCUUCACCGAGUAAACUUCUGGGUUCUGUGAAUUCAUCCCCUCUCUUUGCCUUUGGUGGUGGUAUUCUGUGUGCAAAGGCUUCCAUGUUGCUCCAGAAUGUUCCGUCUGCCUUACUCGUUCGUUUUUUGAGGGAACACCGUUCAGAGUGGGCCGACUAUGGAGCCGAUGCAUAUUCUACGGCAUCACUGAGAGCCAGCUCUUAUCCCAUCCUUGGCGUGAGAGCUAGUGGAAGUUUUCAUGGUGGUCAGGUUAUUUUGCCCCUUGCACAAACUGUGGAAAAUGAAGAGUUCUUGGAGGUGAUUAGACUAGAAGGCCAUGGUUUUAGCCAGGAUGAUGUAGCUAGGGACAUGUAUCUAUUGCAGCUAUGCAGUGGAGUUGAUGAAAAUGCUGUUGGUGCAUGUUCUCAACUUGUGUUUGCACCAAUUGAUGAAUCUUUUGCUGAUGAUGCCCCUUUACUUCCUUCUGGUUUUCGUGUGAUCCCCCUGGAAUCUAAAACAGAGGUGCAUGCGGCUGCUCGAACCCUUGACCUUGCAUCUGCAUUAGAAGUUGGCUCAGGUGGUGCGACGCAUCCAGCUACAGAGGGAGCCUCAAAUAUGUCUAAUCUAAGAUCUGUCUUGACUAUAGCAUUCCAGUUCACUUAUGAAAAUCAUUUCCGCGAAAAUAUGGCUGCCAUGGCUCGACAAUAUGUGCGCAGUGUUGUCGCUUCUGUGCAAAGGGUUGCCAUGGCGAUCUCUCCUUCCCGUAUUGGUUCUCUUGGGUCAAAGCAUUUGACAGGGUCCCCCGAGGGGCUCACUUUGGCACGGUGGAUUUCUCGCAGUUACAAGUUUCAUACUGGUGCUGAUCUCUUCCGUUCUGAGCCAGAUGAUGAACCCCAAGCAGGCGAUUCAUUAUUGAAACUCCUGUGGCAUUAUCCUGAUGCAAUCAUGUGCUGUACUGUAAAGUCCUCUCCAGUGUUCACAUUUGCAAAUCAAGCAGGUCUCGACAUGCUCGAAACUACGCUCAUCGCCCUUCAGGACAUAACCCUCGAGAAGAUUCUCGACGACAACGGCCGCAAGGUUUUCUGCACCGAAUUCUCUAAAAUCAUGCAGCAGGGAUUUGCAUAUCUACCUGGCGGUGUAUGUCUGUCAAGCAUGGGAAGACCUGCAUCCUACGAUCAGGUCAUUGUGUGGAAGGUCAUAGACGAAGAGGACACACAUCAUUGCUUAGCCUUCAUGUUCCUAAACUGGUCAUUUGUGUAAGAAACCCAUUACCCUACUACAUAAACCCAGCAAAAUCCCUUAUAUGUUUGCUUGUUGCAACUCAGGUAGUAAUUGGUUUGCUGCUUUGCCUACAUUUUGAUGAACUGGACUUCCUUGCAAGGGCCCCUACCCUACACUACUAAUACAGUAAUACAUAAGGCCUGCAAGGAAGUACCAUAAACAUUAUUAUCACUUGCAUGUGGACUUGUUGAAACUAGAUUGCUACAGAUGUUAUGUAUCAAUGGUUUGAUGGCUUGUGGCUUGUGAUGUUAUGAUCUUGUGAAAUGAUAUUUUUAUAUGGCUGAUCCAUCUUUUCUCC